GGCCGGAGGUGAAAGGGCCGGUGGAUGGAUGGUGAAAGGCCACGAACGAUAACACCACCACCAAGAAGCUGCCUUCUGACUCCUUACGCCUUUGUGUAUGCCCUUUUUCUUGUUCUGUGGGUGCAAGCAACGUUUCGUGCGUGGGAGGCGGCUUAACCUGUGAGUGAUUCCCAGCCAUGGGAAAUGUCUGAACUCGCCGCCGCCGCCGCCGCCGCCGAUGCUGCUUGCUUCUCCGCAAGAGCAAGUCCGUGUCCAGCAGGAAGACUCUCUUCCCGCCUGCAGCUAUUUAGAGGUUUUUUUAUAUAUAUAUAUAUUUUUUCUUUCUUUUUGUGGCCAUUAACAUGCACAAGAAAUAAUAUUAUUUGAUUAAAGAGCAAUUAAGUUUUUAUUGAUAAUUUCUAAUUCUCCACACAUCCUUAAUAUUAAUAGUCACACCCACAAAUAUUCGUAUCAUAUUAAAUUAUUCACUUUUAGUUCCACAACAUAUAUAUAUAUAUAAUAUAAAAUUAUAAAUAUUAAAAUAAUUAAUUAUAAAAAAAAUAUGUAAUUAACUCGAUGAGUGAAUGCAUGAUAGCCUUUGACAUAGCAUGGAGGACCAUCACCUUGUGGCAGCCAGCAGACAGCAGCCAUUAUAUCGCAUGCCUGCAUAACGGUGACAGAGUCAGAGGGGCGCGACGCAGCCCCGCACCCCCACCUCUUCCUUUCCCCAUAUCCACUGCAAACACCUUCUUCUCCUUUAUGACCGACGACGUAGCCACCAAGCGUCCGAGGCUUUGCCUCUCUUCCAUUUCGGCUGGGCGACGGCAGGGGGAAGGAGAAGAGACAGAGGAGGAGGAGGAUUCGCAGCCGCUGUUGCCGGGACUGCCUGACCACCUCGCUCAGCACUGCCUCGCCCAUCUCCCUGCUCCGCUCCUCUUCUCCGUCUGCCGCUCCUGGCGCCGCCUGCUAUACUCCCCUUCCUUCCCUCCCUUCCUCUCCAUCUUCGCCCUCCUGUCUCCCUCCGAUGACGCCGGCGGCGACCCGGUCUCGUUCCACAGCUUCGAUCCCAUCGCCGCGCGAUGGGCACCGCUUCCUGCGCCGCCGCCGCACCCGCCGCUGCGCCUGCUCCUCCUCCAGCACCCUUCCUUCAUUUCCCGCAGCCUCUCGGUCCAGUCCGUGGCCGUCGCCGGCCACCUCGUCGUCCUCGCGGCCACGACCCACCGCCUCGUCCCCGCCCUCCCCCGGCCCCUCGUCUUCCACCCGGCCUCUCGCCGCUGGCGCCUCGGCCCGCCCCUCCACGCCCCACGCCGAUGGUGCGCCGCCGGGGCCGCCGACGGGGCGGUGUACCUCGUCUCCGGAGUCGGCACGGACUACAACACCGACGUCGCCCGCUCCGCCGAACGGUGGGACCCGGCGGCCGGCGCGAUCGCAGGGUGGGAGCGGGUGGCGCAGCUCCCGGACGGGCGGUUCAGCCGGGAGGCGGUGGAGGCGGUGGCGUCGCGGGGGAAGCUGUGCAUGGUGAACGUGAGGGGGCGGGCGGCGAAGCAGGGGACGGUGUACGACAUCCGGGCGGACCGGUGGGAGGAGAUGCCCCCCGGGAUGCUGGCCGGGUGGACCGGUCCCGCGGCCUCGGCAGCAGAUGAUGACGAUGAGGGCGGCGGCUGCAUCUACGUGGUGGACGAGCGGAGCGGCGCCCUCAAGGCCUACGACUGGUACGCCGACAGCUGGACGACGGUGGCGGAGUCGGAGCUGCUGAAGGGGGCGGCGCAGAUGGCGGUGGGAGGUGGGCGGGCGUGCGUGGUGUGCGGCGAUGGGCGCGCGAUGGUGGUAGUCGACGUGGCCAUGUCGCCGGCGCGGAUAUGGGUGGUGGAACCGCCGGAGGGGAAGCGGGCGCUCGCGGUGCACGUGCUGCCCAGGCUAAGCUCGAGCGGGUCCUCCUGACCGUUCGAUCAAUGAGCCCUACCGCAUCCAUCGGCUCUGGUUAUUAUUCUCCCUUCUUCAUUUUAAUUUUUUUCCCACAUUUUCGGGAAAAAGAAAGGGUUGACCAGUCAAGCACGUGCAAUGCGAAUGAGCAUCGGCGGGGUCGGGAGCAUGAAGACAAAGGAGUGCUUUUAGCGUCACUGACAAUAAAGUAAUGGCAAACGGCAUUAAUCUUCCACUGCACACAUGUCCCAGCAUCUGCUGCUUCUUCUACCGAACAUCUUGAUGUUAAAACCCCAGAAGAACAUUUCCUGCUUUGUUCUUCACAUGUGUCCCACACGACUUUGAAUGGACCAGAAUACACAUAGAUAUAUAAUUCUGAUACAAUAUAACAUCUCCA